AUGGCGGCGGCGGCGCAGGGCGGCGGCGCGCAGGUGAGCGGGGCGGGGGCUGCGCGCGCCCCCGGCUGGYCGGGAAGGGGCCGAGGGAGCCCGAGCGGAGAAAAACGGGCGGGACGGAGAUCUCGGCGGUGCUGGGUUCCGGUAGAGGGAACGCCUCUCAUCAGGAGGGACCGGCUGGUGUCUGUAACUCAUUUUGCCRGGAUCUUGCUGCUUUUACUAAUGGCAGCACUAUAUUAUGCUGACGAAUCUACCAUAAACUGUCAGGCAAUAGAAAACCAGCUGAAGAUCUGUGGCUUCAAGAGGAAUGUGGAUGUCUUAGUGUUGUAUCUGGCCGGACAAGGACUAAGAAGUAUCCCAAGUCUGUCACGGUUUCAUAGGUUAAGGUACCUGUGGAUUAAUAACAAUAAGAUCCAAGAUCUGAGUUUCUUGGUCAAAAACCACUGCUUGACAGAACUCUACCUCAACAAUAAUGAGGUCACAGAUAUAUCAGGUGCUCUGAAACACUUGUGUGCCUUACAGAUUCUUUUGCUUCACAACAACCAGUUAAAACACCUGGACAAGACAGUGGAGGAAUUAAAAGGAAUGAGAAGCUUGCAGACCCUAAACGUUUUCCACAACCCUCUGGCACAGGACCCGGGCUACCGCCUCUGUGUGAUCCACUUCCUUCCUUCAGUGCAGCUCCUGGACAGGAAACCAGUCACCCCGAGGGAGCGGGAGCGGGCGCUGCACGUCUACGCGGGCGGCAGAUCCCGCGCGCUGCAGGCCGUGGCGUUCGGCAGGCGCCUCCAGACCCCGCUGGGCACCACGACGGGACAGCGCCCGGGCGCCCGGCCCGGCCCCGGCCCGGCCGCCCCCCCAGGUUGUGAAUUUGGAGAUCACACAAAUAAAGUUCCCCUUGAGGACCCCGCGGACGCUGUGUUUCUAAGGGCAAUGACAAGAUCUGUAAUGGAGUUUUCCUCUGUUGACUGGAAUAAAGUAUCUACCUGCCAACAAAGACGGCUUGAAAACAAAGCAGAAGAGCCCUAUGAGAUGCUGACAGUCAGAUUUAGAUAAGUGUUUUACUUCCUCAAGAAAAAAAAAUCCUCCCUCUGAAAUGGCCAUAAACCUGUUAUAUAAGUUAUUGGCUACAUAAUACAUGCGUGGUAAAGCAGGCAUCUAAUUAAAUGAUCUUUCAGGAAAGAGAAAAAAUGCAUAGCAUUCCUUCCAUCUUCCAAUAGGCAAUAUACAGAGUCAAGAAAUGAACGAAACAAAAGAUAAGUAGUGGCAGCUAUUUUAAUAAAGUUGCUUGAAAUAUAAUUCCUCCAAUAUUCUUAUCACAAAUUGGCGCCUCYGUCUCUGGGGMUGCUCAGAUCCU